UUACAUUGAUAGUUAUGGACGAGUUGAAAAGAAGCCAAACGAAAAAAACAGUGUAUUUGAAGUGAUUGAAAAAUUUAUGCUAAUAAGUUUGUGGGUUUUGAGAAUUUUCGAGAAAAACACUCAAAAUGAUUUCCAACAAGUAACUACUAGCUAAAAAGGCAGCAGCAGCAGCCCCGAAACGCCCUUAAAUUUACGACGAAUUUGCUGCGCCACCAGGAAAAGCUCCCUCUAAUGGUAGUGUUGUAGUGGAACGUUAAUUUUGAAAAAAAAAAAACAAGCAGCUUGAUUAAGAAAAAAAGAACAUUUGAACACACAUUUUUUUUCGGCUCGAAUAUGGCGGAAAGUGUGUCCUCCUCUUCCUCCUCUCAUGAACAUGACGGACAGAAAGACAAUCUCAGAACCUCGCUGCCGGUGCCCAUGUUCUCGCGGAAUGACUUCAACAUCUGGUCAGUGCUGAAGAAUUGCAUCGGUAAGGAGCUAAGCAAAAUCACCAUGCCCGUCGUCUUCAACGAGCCGCUGAGCUUCCUCCAGCGGAUGACCGAGUACAUGGAGUACGCCCGGCUGCUCCGGAUAGCCGCACAACAGCAGGACCCGGUCGAGCGGCUCAAGUUUGUGUCGGCGUUUGCCGUGUCCGCGCUGGCCUCCAACUGGGAGCGGCUGGGCAAGCCGUUCAACCCACUGCUGGGCGAAACGUACGAACUCACACGGCCCGACUUCCGGAUCAUAUGCGAACAGGUCUCCCACCACCCGCCGAUAUCGGCGUUCCACGCGGACUGCCCGGACGGGUUCACCUUCCACGGGUCGAUCCACCCGAAGCUCAAGUUCUGGGGCAAGAGCGUCGAGAUCCAGCCCAAGGGCACGGUCACGGUGGAGCUGCCGGGCCACGGCGAGGCGUACUCGUGGAACAACGUCAACUGCUGCGUGCACAACAUAAUCGUCGGCAAGCUGUGGAUCGAGCAGUACGGCACGAUGGAGGUCGUGAGCCACGAGCACGGGCUGAAGGCCACGCUGACGUUCAAGACGGCCGGCGCCGGGAACAAGGAUCUGCACCGGGUCGAGGGGUACAUUUCGGACCGGAGCAAACGCCGAACGCACUUCCUGUACGGCAAGUGGACCGAGUUCAUCAAGUGCACGGACUACGCUUCGUACGAGGAGUACUGCAAAGAGAACGGCUACAAGUUCAAGCGGGCUGAUGAGCGCAGCAAGAGCCCGAACGAGUCCCCGGGAAAUACUCCGAGGAAGGUCCUGUCCAAGCUCAACAGCAUCAAGCUCAGCUCGUUCAAGAGCUUGUCGAUAUCGGAGCCGGACGACCCGCCGGAACCGGCCGACGGUGGGGACAUCCCCAAGAGCGACUCCACCUACUCGAUCGACAUUCCCAACUCGGUGACGCUGUGGGAGGCGGAACCGCGGCCCGGAAAUACCGCCGAGUACUACCAGUUUACACGGUUUGCCAUGUCGCUGAACCAGAUGGAGGACCACAUGCGUGGACCGCAGCGGCCACUGUGUCCGACGGAUUCGCGGCUGCGGCCCGAUAUUCGCAAGCUGGAGAAGGGAGACAUGGACGGUGCGGCGGCGGAGAAGACGCGCCUCGAGGAGAAGCAGCGCGAAAACCGGAAGAAGUGUAAAAAGGCCGAUGAGAGCAUCUUUCCGAGAUGGUUCAAACAGGCCGUCAACCCUCACACGAAGCAGGACGACUGGCUGUACAAGGGCGGCUACUGGGAGCGCACGGACGAUUCGAUGGUGAUGGAGAUCUUCUAAGAUGUGUCUGUUGAAAAGAGAAACCGUUUGUGCAGGGCAACAUUUUAAAACCACUCAAAUUUGGGAGAGGGGCGGGAAACUUCCAAUUUGGUGUUCCAUCAUCAACAUAAAAAAGCAAAAUCAUAUUACAUAAAAGGUGUAAAAGCUUCUUACUUUUCUAAGAAGUGUUGAAAAGAGUCAUUUUCGUUGAAAGAAAACAAAGAAUUAAUGCUAGAAAUGCUUCGGGCAAAGCUGUGCCAACGAAUGAGUUAAGGAAAAGCAUACACUGCAUAACACUGACAACCAUAAAUAAUCGCAUAAAUUCAUGUUUUAGCAAGACAGACCAAUAAACCACAUUUAGAAGCAAACAGGCAGGUUAAAUUGGAGUUGUUUUGAACGCUAAAAAUCGGUUAACCUAGCAAUAAAUUGUUACCAGAAAAUAUAACAAAAAAACAACAUUUAGAAACAUGUUUAACUGCUUUCAUUUUAGUUUGAUGCACAGUGUAAAACGCAAAAAAAGAUGUGUUUUAAAAAAUAGUUAAGAAAUUCCAGCCAACGAGGCAAUAAAUUGCUACCAUACAAAAUUCGACAAUAUCAUUAUAAUCGUUAGAAGAAGCAAACUAAAAAAAAGAGUCACAACUUCUGAGCGUUUCCGGUAGUACUAACUGUAAGGUCAAAAUCAGCCAGAAUCAACUCGAAUAUAAUUUGACGUCAAUUACCGUAUACUGUAUAGUUUUUCUAAACAUUAACCAUUACGGGAUGUUCGAAAUUGAGAUUCUUUGUUCUUUCAUUUCCGCUGGUCAGAAUUAUCUAUAGAAGAAGAAGCAAAAGUUCGACGUGGACCAACGUUGGGCGCAAACUGACAAUGGGUGUGCUUUUUUUGGAAGUAGUACUAACACUAUUUAUUCGCUAGUGAACAUUGCACUUUGCGUUAGGGUGGGAGGUUGUUCUUAAACAGUUUAUCAAAUAUAUUAAAAACAAGCUAAACCC